AUGAGCUUGAAAUAUAUUACCAAGGCCAACAACGAGCUAUUCAAACCCAUUAUACGAGAAUUAUCAGAUCAAACAAGCAAGAAAUUUGACAACAAUAGCAAAACUUUCCAGCAAUUGAAUCAAUGGAAAGAUGAUGAAUUGCUUGAGAUUAUAGCAGGCCGAUAUUUAAGUUCUAACAAAGAUACAACUUACAUAACCAAAAGCGAACUCAUCAACUUAAUGGAUUGGAAAUUAAGCAUUGGCACAUUUCGACCCUCGUUGCCAAAACUCAUCAAAUCAAAUAAUGAAGAGUCAGUAAUAGAAGUGACGAAAGCUGGGUUCAAGAUAUUGUUGAAUUAUUUCAAGGAUUUGUCGUCUGGUUUCUGGAUAAGUGCUGCUGAUGAGAAACUUGACGAGUAUAAGAAACAUAUACGACAAGCAAUGAAGGAAUUGUGUAAAUUAAAAGGAGUUGGACCAGCAACUAGUAGUUUAUUAAUGAAUUGUCUUUACGAGAUUCAACCGAAGUUCACCCCACCAUUUUUCAGUGAUGAAAGUUUUAUGUACUAUGUACUUGACCCUACUAAACCAGGUGAAAAGAUUAAAUAUAGCGUGAAGGAAUACGUGGAGGAGCUAUUACCUGUGUAUUUCAAGCUAUUGAGGAGUUAUCCAGAAGGUGCGUUUACUGAAUUGGAACGGGGUGGUUGGGCUAUAAAGUAUUACAGCUUAUUCAAUGAUGACAAAUUGAUUAAUGUCAAGUCACCUUUUGACGAGAAUGAAGAAUGGAAAACGUUUAAAGAUGACGAGGUGGAAUCUCUGGAGCCACCGAAGAAGAAAAAGAGGUCUACGUGA